GCUGAAAUUUGAUACAUUGAGUUGUAUAAUAGCGAUAUCUCUCUCACAGUAGUAGUGGAGUUAUUUUAUUAUAAAUACUUUAUCCCUAGUUCAUUCAUUUGUCAACUUUCUUCUUCAUCUUUUGUUUUGGGAAUUAGCUUUUCUUUUUGGUAAACAUGGGGAAGUCAAUGAUAUUUGUUCUUUUCUUAUCUCUGCUUUUGGUUUCUCUGGUUUUAGCCGAAUCUGGUGAUGGAUUAUUAAGAAUUAAGUUGAAAAAGAGGAAUUUGGAUUCAAAUGAUCAACUUGCAGCUCAUCUCGAGUCUAGAAAUGGGAAAUCUUUGGGAUCUUCUGUUCGCAAGUACUAUUUCCGUGGUGAUGUUGGAGAUUCGGAUGAAUUUGAUAUUGUAUCUCUAAAGAAUUACAUGGAUGCUCAAUAUUUUGGUGAGAUUGGUAUUGGUAGCCCUCCACAGAAGUUCACCGUGAUAUUCGACACUGGGAGUUCAAACCUCUGGGUGCCAUCCUCAAAGUGCUACUUCUCGAUUGCUUGCUUUUUCCAUGCAAAGUACAAGUCAAUUUGGUCAAGCACCUACAAGAAGAAUGGGAAAGCAGCUGCAAUCCGUUAUGGUACUGGAGCCAUAUCUGGAUACUUUAGCCAAGACAGUGUCAAAGUUGGUGACAUUGUUGUCAAGAAUCAGGAUUUUAUUGAGGCAACUAGAGAACCCAGUAUCACAUUUGUAGUGGCUAAGUUUGAUGGACUACUUGGACUUGGUUUUCAGGAGAUCUCCGUUGGGAAUGCCGUACCUGUGUGGUAUAACAUGGUCAAACAAGGUCUUGUCAAAGAACCUGUUUUCUCAUUUUGGUUGAACCGAAAUACAGAGGAGGAAAAAGGGGGUGAAAUUGUUUUUGGGGGUUCUGAUCCCAAACAUUACAUUGGGAAGCACACUUAUGUCCCUGUGACUCAGAAAGGGUACUGGCAGUUUAACAUGGGUGAUGUUCUCGUUGGUGGUAAAACAACUGGAUUCUGCUCUGGCGGUUGCAAGGCUAUUGCUGACUCAGGGACAUCUUUGUUGGCAGGUCCAACAACGAUUAUUACGGAAAUCAAUCAUGCCAUUGGAGCAACUGGAAUUGUUAGCCAGGAGUGCAAAUCAGUAGUUGCUGAAUAUGGUGAAAUGAUAAUCGCAUUGCUAGCAUCAGAGACAAGCCCCAAGAAAGUCUGCUCCCAGAUUGGUUUAUGUACCUUCGAUGGUACUCGAGGUGUUAGUAUUGGCAUCGAGAGUGUAGUAAAUAAGAAGAGUCUCGAGAAAUCCUCUGAUGCUAUGUGCACAGCUUGUGAGAUGGCAGUUGUGUGGAUGCAAAACCAGCUUAGGAAUAAUGAAACACAGGAGCGUGUAUUGGACUACGCCAAUCAGCUUUGUGAAAGACUUCCUAGCCCAAUGGGAGAAUCAGCUGUUGCUUGUGAUGGUCUUGCUUCCAUGCCCAAUGUCACUUUUACUGUUGCUGGCAAACAAUUUGAGCUUAGCGCACAUGAGUACGUUCUCAAGGUCGGAGAGGGAGCAGCAGCUCAGUGCAUUAGUGGAUUUACAGCUUUCGAUAUACCUGCUCCACGUGGCCCACUCUGGAUCUUGGGAGAUAUUUUCAUGGGUAAAUACCACACAGUGUUUGACUACGGCAACAUGAGGAUUGGAUUUGCCGAAGCAGCGUGAUCAACUUUAUUGAGUGAGUUCUGUCUCUAUAGGCAGUAAGCGUUUCACGUAUCCUCGUAUAUAUAUCCCCGUUCGUCUUCCUUUCCUCGGUGUUUUUUGGAGAAGAUUGUCAUCAGGGUUUAAAAAUUGUCGCUGCUCGACUGUUAGGAGUAUUGUCUCUGACAUGAAUUUACACACUUUGGGGCAUGUAAAUAUUUUCAACAAUAGUUUGAUGCUUUUAUCUUUUAGAACCAUGCACUCUUCAGUCUUCUCAACAUGUGUACUGCGUUUGUUUAUAUAGAAUAAAAUAAAAGACGAGCAAUAUAAUUAGUGAGACAAA